AUGCCAGACCUCACCUUGCAAGAGAUCGAGGAGAAGGUGAUGGCCGCGAAGCCCUGGAAAGCGCCUGGUGAGGACGGCCUUCCUGCGAUCGUAUGGAAGAAGCUCUGGCACGUGGUGAAGCACCGGAUCAUCCCUCUGAGGAAACCAGAUAAAGGAGACUACACCAUGGCCAAGGCGUGGCGACCGAUUUCUCUCCUGUCGACGCUUGGCAAGAUUCUGGAAGCGAAUGCUCGAAAGGAUGAAAGCCGAGGCAUCCCGAGUCGUCUGGUCAAGUGGAUCGACGCAUUCUGCUCGGGACGGACCGCGUCGGUGGUUGUCAACGGGCACACUUCCGAGCAACAACCCCUGCCGCAGGCCGGCCUACCCCAGGGAUCCCCUCUGUCGCCAGUGGCUUUUCUUUUCUUCAACGCAGACCUGGUGCAAAGACGGAUCAAGUCAAACAGAGAUGAGAAGACAUCCGUCAUCCACUUCACACGCAUCACGGAGCGCAACAGCGACCUGCCUCUCAUCAUCAAAGGAAACGAUGUCAAGCCGAAGAACAACGUGAAGCUGUUGGGAGUCAUCAUGGACAAAGCGCUUCGCUUCAAAGAGCACAUCGCCAGAGCAGCCGCCAAAGGGCUGGCCGCGGCCAUGUGUUUGAAACGACUGAGAAUGGCUUCACCACGGACGGCGAGGCAACUGUUCGUCUUCGAAGAUGAACGUCAAGCAUGCGACUCGCACCACGCCUUUACUGGCUGGGACGACACAACAUACCGUAAGUGGAAAAAGAACAAUGCCGCGGAAGAGCAAGAACAGCACCAAGCGCAACUCGAACCAAUUCGAGUUGCUCGAUGA